AUGCAGCUCUCGACCGAGGACAAGUCCGGCGGGAUGGAGGUAUCGAAGGAUGGAAUGUCGGUGACGUCAACCAAGGGGUUCCGCACGUGCCGGGCCAUCGCGGGGGUUCACGAGGGCGCGUGGUACUUCGAGGCGACCGUGGACCACCUCGGCGACACGGGGCACGUCCGCCUCGGCUGGCUCACGCGCCGGGGGGAGUUACAGGCGCCUGUCGGGUAUGACGAGCACGGCGUUGGGUACCGCGACGUGGACGGGUCGCGCACGCACAAGGCCGAGCGCGCGCCGUACGGGAAGCCCUUCGGCAAGGGCGACACCGUCGGCUGCCUGAUCUACCUCCCGCCGGGGGGGAGGACAAUGGAGCAGGCGCGCCGGGGGAGUGAAGCCGUGCAGUACAAGGGCGUGGCGUACGGCGUCGCGGACCCGCGCCCCGCGGAGGUCCUCAAGGGCAGCUUCGUCGCCUUCUCGGUCAACGGCGAGUGGCAGGGCGUCGCUCAGUCUGACCUGCUCGAAGGCAAAUACUACCCGGGGGUGUCUCUCUUUUCCAAGCCCGGGGCCGACCCGCCGCCGAAGGUGACGGCCGCGUUCGGCCCGGACUUCAAGCACCCGCCCCCGGAGAAGCUCGUGGACCUCCCCGGACUCCCCCCCGACGUCGUGCGCGCGCUGGAGGAGCAGGCGGCGAAGCCUAAGCCUGCGAAGAGCGGCGGGGCCAAGAAGGGCGCGGCUGGCGAUGCUGGGGCACAGGCGGACGGUGCGAAGCAGGAGGAGAAGGAGGCGGAGCCGCAGGGGCCGGUGAUGGUCCAGCAUGCGUUCCGCGCGGUGGGCGAAAAGCCUGAGAGACCGCCGCCGCCGCCGCCGCCACCGCCGCCGCCGCCGCCCCCGAUGCUCGGCCCCGGGUUCCCGUUGCCCAUGGCGCCGCCGCCGGUGCCCGCGGGGCAGGAACAGCGGAGGUGA